CGAGCGACGAUCCGUUACUUCAAAGACGGCAAGCUAGUGUGGGAGUACCCAGCCUACCUGACCAACGAAGGGACCCUGAGACUGUGCGUGCGGACCAUGAGGUCCCUGAACAACAAGAACCCGACAUCCCUCCCGCCAAAAUGAUGUUUCUGGCCACCACCGAGACAUGGUGGCAGACGAGCAGCUGCCCGGAGUGCUGGACACUCUGCACAAGAGGCUGAGGGAGAUCCUCUUGCCUCAGUUCAGGGAGCAGCUCAUCUACUGCGAUACGAAACGGGACGACUUUGUCUUCACACUGAAUGCAGCAAAGCCGGAGAAGGAGGACAGGGAGUGUGCGGAGAGCAUUCGGGAGUGUCUUAGUAAGGAGGGGGAGGGGGGAAGGGAGGUGAAAGUGCCGUUGCGAUGGUACGCUCUGUACCAGAAGCUGCUGGAGGUGGCAAAUGAACUGGGGAAGAAGGUGCUGCCUCGAGAGCUUGCCAGAAGGUGGCAGAGUCGAUGGAGAUGGAUGACGAGUCGUGUGGGGAAGCCCUGAACUUCUUUGACGGUCUGAACAUGCUUUUCUACUUCCCCGACAUCCUGCCCCAGCUUGUGUUCAUGGAGCCACAGAUGUUGCUGGAUAAGGUCUCGGAGCUGGUGGAGGAGACCUACCACAUGAGGCAGGGAAAGAAAGCGUGCGGGGGAGAAGCUGAGGUUCCGUGACCACGGCGAAGUGACGGAAAAGUUUCUGGGUGAGUUCGAGAGCCACUACGAGCCACCUCUGUUCACACCCAAGGAGCUGGUGACCCUGCUAAAGGGGUUGCUGGUGUUUGCGGAGAUGUCGGAGGACGUGUACUUCAUGCCGUGUCUGCUGCAAGUGGUGGCGUGGGAGGUGGUGGAGGAACACCGAGUGAGUGGCGGGAAAGCCCUGGCUCUUCACUUCCCCGACAGCGGUCCCCUGAUGGGAACGUUCUGCUCCACUGUAGCUUACCUCCUGUCCCCCGAAAACAGUCACCCCUGCCCCUGGAGAGUGGUUCAGAACGAGGCAGGAGCUCCGGAAUGCCUCCAUCGCAACGUCAUCGAGUUCACCGUUUCAGACUACGCAGGCGCCGUGUCACUCGUCGAUCACUUCACCCACUUCGAACUACACAUACACACCGCAGAGGACCACGAGGCCGAGCUGUGGAAACUGGCACACGACGCAGUGUUUGCAGGUCUCAAGAAAGCAGGGAAGACCAUCGGCUACACAAACAACACUCCAGUCCCAGCCAUCGUAUGCCCCGCCCACCCCCACCCAGCCAAACCCCACCCUGCCACCGUUAAGAAGGGAUGGUGGACUUGCUCAAUCAGCUCCAAAAACUUUGGAAAGUUGCCGAGGUCUCAGUUCCGUGGAUGUCUGUCUGCACUAGUCACUCUGCUGAGUCAGCCACGUCCUCUCUCUCCUCUUCAUCUUCUGCAGUUCCCCCCACCUCCCAGCCUCCCCUCUCUGUCUCCACAGCUCCUGCCUACUCUACCACUGCCAACACUCCUGUGUCAGAGUGUUCCACUGUCUCCUCCACUACUGCCUCUGUUCCCUCUCUCUCCCUGUCCUCUCCUCCUGUCUCCACUACCACUACCAACACUCCCACCAACACUCCUGGUGAGUCCUCUUGAA